AUGUCCACCGACUCAACCCCCCUCUUCUCCCCCACCCUCAUCUCCCCAACCGUGCAAUCGCAGCUCCCACCCUCGUACACCUGCCGCCCGAUCCAGCGCUCCGACUACCACUCCGGCUUCCUCGACGUCCUGCGCGUGCUGACGACCGUCGGCGACGUGAGCGAGGCGCAAUGGAACAAGCGCUACGACUGGAUGAGCGCACGCAGCGACGAGUACUUCUUGUUGUGUAUUUUGAACGGGGAGGACAAGAUUGUGGGGACGGGGACGUUAGUUGUGGAGAGGAAGUUCAUACACAAUCUUGGCAUCGUUGGCCACAUUGAGGAUAUAGCGGUUGCCAAGGACCAGCAGGGCAAGAAGCUCGGUCUGCGCAUCAUCCAGGCACUGGAUUUCGUGGCCGAGAAGGUCGGGUGCUAUAAGUCAAUACUCGAUUGCUCGGAGGCGAACGAAGGGUUCUAUGUCAAGUGCGGAUUCAAGAGAGCUGGACUAGAGAUGGCCCAUUACUACGAACCGCCGAAGGGCCACGCUUGA